AUUUUGGUUUCUAGCAUUUCUCGUGAGUGUGCGUGUCUGCAACUCUCUUCAGGGUAUUUGUAAUGGUUUUUAAUAUCGUCAAUUGUAAAUUGCUAAUGGAGGAAGGUUUCAUUCCCUUCAUUUGGCUGCCUCCAGUUCAGUCUUUGCUUAUUGCAGGGACCCAGAUGGUUCUAGUUCUAGAAAUGGGUGACUUUAGCAUAAUUGGUGUCAAGCCAGGGAUAAGUUAUUGGAUGCAACUUAAAAACUCAACAGGAAAUGUGAAAAUAUUCUUUAGAGUCAGCCAGGAUCAGUGAACUUAAUGUAUGGAGAUAUUUGAUGGAGGGUUUUUUAGGUUGAAGAGGAGUGUGAAAUAUAAUGAUGAUGAAUGGGAAAGUGAAACUCAAAUGAAUCUGAGAAAGAUGGCAAUUCUUAAAGUACCCAACUCAGGACUUCAGGAAAUGAAUCUUAUUAUGUAAUAGUUAGCAGUGGGUACAGGUCAUGGCUGUCGUAACUUAUUUCAUUCAAAUAUAUGGCAUGAAAAACC